GUCCGUCAAAGCAACACACACUAUUCGGACGAGGUCAAGCUGCAGUCAUAGCCUAGAGAGAAAGUAGUAUACCAGAUGAAUACGACGGUGAUCCUUGGAUCCGGACUCAUUGGAGUCGCCACAGCCUACUAUUUGUCCGAGCAUCAGAUUCCGUCCACCAUUCAUCUCGUCGACCCAUCUCCCGAGCUGUUCUCAUCGGCGUCAGGGUUCGCCGGCGGUUUCCUGGCCAAAGACUGGUUCGCUCCGCAGUCGGCCUCACUCGGCCUUCUCAGCUUCAGCGAACACCAGAAGCUCGCUGAGCAGAACGAUGGGAGGGCGAAAUGGGGCUACACGAAGAGCAGCACGUUUAGCCACUCACACGUCCCCGUCACGCUGGCGGGAAAGCGCGGAGACGACUGGCUAAGGACGGGUCAGAGCCGCGCUCAGGUCGUCACGGCUGUGGAAUCGGAUGACGGCACCGGCAACGGCCGACCUCCGUGGCUCAGACAAGUGGAAGGCGAUGAUGUCCACCUCAUUUCAGAAGAGGGAACCACCGGCCUUGUGGACCCGCUUCGCCUUUGCCAGUUCCUCCUCCAGACAUGCCUUGACCGCGGUGUGCGCCUUCACCACCCGGCGAAAGUCAUCUCCGUCCGUACCGAUGCGAGACAUGGCGAGAUAGGAAGCGUUCGCGUCGCCGAGACCACGUCUUCCACCGAGACGGACCUACCUUGCACGCACUUGCUCAUCGCGGCGGGUGCUUGGUCCCCGCGCGUCUUCGCGGAACUCUUCCCCCGUGCGUCGGUACGACUACCCAUCUCCAGUCUGGCGGGCCACUCUCUCGUGUUCCGGCCACCCCAGGUACCCAGAGGCGACCCCGAGCCGGUUUCGUACUCCGUCUACAGCACCACUGAGGACGGCUGGUCGCCCGAGCUGUACGCGCGGCUGGACGGCAACAUCUACAUCGCAGGCAUCAACUCGGCGACCGAGCCCCUGCCGCCAUUACCGUCAGACGCCGUGAUCGACGCCGCGAAGAUCCGAAAGCUCAAGGAGACGGCGGGGCGGAUGGUCUCCUCUUUCGACCAGGAGGGAAACGGGGCCGAUCUGGAGGUCGUGAGGGAAGGGCACUGUUUCCGGCCGGUCUCGGACGCCGGCGUACCGAUAUUGGCUCGGAUUCCGGACGCCGAUUUGGGCAUUGGAGUGCGAACGCGGCCCGGUCCCGAGGGCGGUGUCUAUGUAGCGGCCGGACAUGGGCCUUGGGGGAUCACUCUCGGGCUCGGUACGGGGAAGGUCAUGGCGGAGAUGAUGCAGGGGCGGCGACUGAGCGCCGACGUAAGCGGUUUGGGGUUGCCGUAUAGGUGAAGGGAUGUGGUAAGCGACGACGGCUAUGUUGAAAUGUCGUUCUGGGUGAGACGACCAGACCCUUGGUCCCUGUCCCUGUCCCGCGAGGCCCCAACAACUUGGGGAAAUUGGCUGUGACAUUCUCGGCACUCCCCGAUACUAGAUGACAUUUCGAUGUACACUAUGAUCGCCGACGCGGGAUGGCCUUGGCCACCUCUGUGUGUUUCGUGGUACGGUGUACUUCGUAGGUACGCCCGAAGAAAAAUGAUAGAAAGCCUGUCAGACAAGCAGCGUUGACGAUCCGUGGGCAUCCAUGCCGCCUGGGUUUGGACCCUGGUUCCCUAUGAGAUCGCCGAACAGGUGCCAGACCCGGCUGCCUGGGAGG